AUGCUUGCAUGCAAGGGAACUGAAAUGGAUCAAGAGUCUACGAAACACGACAGUAACGAACCUAACCGGAAGCAACAGCAGCAACAGCAUCAUCACAGUGAAGCGGAAGACGUGCCGAAAAAGGCAGACAAAGAAGACGCUGCUUCGUCAUCCUUGCCCAAAAAGAAAAGUAAUUCAACUUUGCUCACUCUUGCUGUGCUUACUUCACCGGAUAGGUGA